GUCUCCCGCAUCAGCACCGACAUCAAGACGGCGGGCACCUGCUACACCGACAGCAACGGACGGGAGAUGAUCUAUCGCAAGCGCGACUAUCGCGCUUCCUGGAACUUCACCCAGACCGAGCCUGUGGCAGGCAACUAUUACCCGGUGACUACCUCGCUCUUCAUCAGGGACGACCAGGCGCAGCUCACCGUCUUGACAGACACCUCUCAGGCUGGCACGGGAUGCGUGCGCGAUGGAGAGAUCGAGAUGAUGGUUCACCGAAGAUUGUUGCAGGAUGAUGGCCGUGGAGUCGGGGAGCCCUUGAACGAGACCGAAUAUGUCACCUCCUACGUGGCAAAUCCCAAGGGCCAACACUAUGGCAAUGGCUUGGUGGUCCGGGGUCAGCACUGGCUGCAUCUGGGCCCUCCACAGAGUGCCGCUCAAAGCUGGCGGCCGCUGAUGGAUCGGAUGUACAUGCCACUGCUGCCCUUCUUCACAAAAGGUGCCGUUGACAUGGGCAUGUUUUGGUUCUUGAAGGCCUUGCCCAAGAACCUGGAGAUUGUGUCACUGGCGAGUUGGGACGACAAGACGCUGCUGCUGCGGAUCGGACACCAGUUCGGCGUGGACGAGGCUGUGGUUGCUAUCGCUUGCCACUUCGCUGAUGUCGGCGAAGGGAGGGGCUGGAAGUGCCCAGUGGAUGCUUUGACCAUGGGGCCAGGGAUCCCUUUCUCCAAAAUGGAGCCGGACUUCUCUGUUUACUCAUCGGACGCAUUCUACAGUGAAAGGAGUCCUUUCGAGGGCACCCACUCAGUGAACUACAUUCCAGCGGACAGUCUCAGCUGUCACUGCUUGGUGCUGGUGUUUGGCCUCCUGCAUGGUGCCUUCGGGAUUUAUCACCUCCAAACGCAAGGUUUCUUCUCGCACCUGCGGUUCCAGCUGCUGUACCUCCUCCAGUCCCUUAGCUCCCUGGCCCUCCUCGGCAGCCGCCUGGCCCUGCACCGCGGCACCCUGGCGCCGCUGCCGUGGCUGGCGCUGGGCCGCGCCGCGGCGCAGCUGCUGCAGCUGCAGGGCCUCAGCGUGGCCUGCGGCGCCAGGCAGCAGGAGGCGAUGCCCGUGGCGUUGCUGGGAGGACUGCAGUGGAUGCAGCUGGGGAUGUCCUCCGUAGCCACUGAGGCGAAGUUGCACUGGGGCCUGUUUGCCACGGGCCUUCUUUGCGGAUAUUUGGCACAUUCCUCCCUGGGAGCUGUUUUGGAAAGGUCGCGGCACUCAGUGGAGAUCAAGGAACGUUUGCGGAUGAUCCUAGGUUUUUGCUACUUCAUGAAUGCAGUGGCUGUGGGGCUGUGGUUUCUGACCGAAACUCUUGGGCGGCCAGGUUACCACAUGGGUGUGUUGAAGAUCACGCUCUCCACAUAUCUCCUGUUGAACUUUGCCAUUGACCUGCUCUGGUUCGCGGGCGCCGCACAUUUGUUGCUGAAGCGGCAGCAGGAGCAUCUUCUGCAGGACUCAGAACUCUCAAAGCCGGCCACUGUUGACCUUCAGACGCUCUUCGCAGGUGCUCACAUCACCUCCAUUCAGGAACGCGGCCUGGGCGGCACCAUCUCCAGCGAUGAAGUCGAGAAGCGCCGCAUCACCUGGCCCCUUGAGGCGGGUGGAAACGCCGGAAACGCCGAGGUUCGCCGUCCCCGUGACGGGCGCCACGGGCGCCACGGGGCGACGGCGACCACGGUGACCUUGGGGCCGUUGCAGAUCAGGACCUUCCUCCUUGAGAUGGAGAAGGCCGGCGCCAACUCUCCCAUCGUCAUUUGA